UCCAGUCUUACCGUGAGAGUGUCCUGCGCCGUCGGAUGUACAAACUUUAUCCUUCUUCAGUGAAACCAUCGCAGGGUAGCAGCCAUGGAGUGCCUCAAAGACUGCUGCAAAAACUUCCUUAGGAAGAAGGGGAAGGAGCAGGAGACCCAAGUGAUCGCACUGAAGAUGCCUCCUAAGAAAGCAGCGGCCUCAGGAUGGGAGCCGGAUGAAGGCAGAAGGGGGGUCACAGAAGACUACCUCCUGUCCAAGCUGCCCCCGGAUGGCAGGGAGGUGCCGUUUGUCCUGCCCACCUUCAAGGCCUCCUACGUCCAACCCCGAGGCUCCCGCUAUCCCAAUUUACAGUCUGGGCCGCAGAGUUCAGCCCGAUGCAGGUAUGCAGAGAGAAAAGCAGAGCUGCUGGGCUCCAGUCAAUUUACCUACAACCCAGAGGCCAGCUUCCAUCAGGGCCAGUGGACUGAGUACAUGUCCUCGGGAACCCCCCGCCGAGACACACAGAAGAACAGAGACUCCAGUCCCCAAAGUCCAGGUCGGACUCUGAAGCCGGGCGGGGAGCAGCGACUGAGCACCUCCAUGUUGGAUCUGUCCAGCCCUCCCAUGCAGCGCUUCGACUCCGUCUCCAGCGUCCCCAGCAGCACGUCCUCCAUGAUUGGCUCCAUUGAAAGCAGCCUGGACUCCAUCACCCUGUCGGGGGAUGAGCGCGAGCUGGGGAAGGUGUGCGUCCGAGUGAACUACCAGGAGGCUCUGGAGCAGGUGUGGAUCACUGUGGUUCAGUGUUCAGACCUCAACGUUGGUCCGGAUGGAGUGGAGCAACAAAAGAUUGGAUUUAAAGGGAUCAUCACCAUUCCCAAACCGAUACAGUUCAAGAGCUCGAUUAAGGAUUGCCGUCAGGAUGUGUCCUUCAUGGAGACCUUUGUGUUUGCGCUGCGUCUCCAGCAGUUGCGGUGCAGCGCUUUGGUCCUGCGCCUGCAGACACACGUCCCCAAGAAACGUACGAUGGCGGAGUGCGUCCUGUCCCUACGGCAACUUGGUCCUCAGGAGACAGAGCACUGGCUGGAGCUCAACUUCCCGUCCAAAUCCUCUGUGUGCCACUCUGAGCUGCAUCUCGCCACCUGCUUUCAGCCAGUCAACGGGCGCAUCCAGCUCCAGGUCCUCGCCGCCCAAAACCUCCCAGCAUCCUCCUCACCCCUCACCCAAGCGUUUUUUGUCAAAGUGGAGAUGCACCAGCUGGGACGGGUGGUGAUGAAGAAGAAGACUCGUGUCCUGAAGGCGUCGGGGGGCCAGUGUAGGUGGACAGAGACUUUUCACUUCCUCCUGGCUGCGUUUGACCACGCCUGCUCGCUGUCAGUCAAACUGUACAGCCGGAGCUCGGUCAGGAGGAAACAGUGCCUCGGACAGGUGGAGCUGGGAUUCGACAGCCCUGUCCCAGAAGCGGUGGAGCAGUGGAAGGAUACGAUGGCUCACCCGGAGAAAGUGGUGACAUCGUGGUACCGGCUGAGUGCUGCUUAACCCUCUUCUCCUAACGUCUUCUUUACGCACUACAGACACGAUGCUCUCGUGCUGCACGUCCAGCCGUGCCUGCUUGCUUUUCCAGUCGCCCGGCCACGGUCCUGUACGCUAGCUGAGUCAACUCUGACGGAUCGAACUGUAAAGUACUGAUCGUGCUCUGAAUGCCCUGAAAGACCACAUAUCCACUGUCCAGGUGCCCGGUGGUAAAGAGGGAUUUCGAACAAAGUGUAAUUGCUGGAAAAGUUGUUUCUUUUUGUGUGUUUUUGUGUAGACACUUAAUUAUUUUCUUCUUUGAAAAAACUGUAGAGCAUUUGACUAACUGACAACUUAGUCCACUUCAUGGCGUUUAGCUGCAUAUACUGUUGUUUUUAGUCUGGCUAUCACCAGACCAAGCCAAGCUCGGUAGAUUUGAGAUCGAGCGUUUGGUCUGGGGAGUCGGCUCUGUAUUUUCUCUGCACAAGAGGCGUGACCAACGGGCAUAGUUUAAAUGACUUCUGUCAUUGUGUUCAACCCGCCAAUAGCUUGCCGGGUAGAUACGCCAAUUUGUGAUUGGUGUGAAACUGAAAUUUUGAACUGAAGCAGGUUUCAAUCAAAUCGCCGGCAGAGAGGGCCCAGUCUAGCUGUAUUUUGCAACUCAAAUGCAUUUUUAGUGAAAGCCUUGUCAUGCUGUUUCAGUUGGAUAGAAAGUUUAUAAGCAGAGAAAGUCCCCAUAAAGCCAAACUCAUUGUAUUGAAACUGUUAUGUUAUCAGUCUGUUAACACCCAUCUUAAAAGAUAAGGUUGGCAAUAUUCUAUAUUUUUCUUAUUGUCAACAAACCUACAAAAACGAACUAACUAUUUCUAGAUGCUUUCCGACUUUCCUACCCUGUCUAUAGCUCUCAGAUUAAUCCCAUUGGUUUCUACUUAAGAAGUAGAUCUUUAAAAAAGAGAUCCAUAAAAUAGUAAUUUUAAGGCUCUAUAAUUUCCUGCUUCCAGCUGGGUACUGUAGUUUUCAGCAAACACUAUUUCAACGUGCGUCAACAGACUUUUGUGCCACUUGGGGGUACCAGAAACAACACUGACAUAUCACGUUUUAAAUUAUUUUGGCACACUUGGUUACACACAGUUCAGGAGUCCAAUAUUUGCUCUCUUUUAGCUCUGUUUUUGGUCUCUAUGACAGUAACUCGUGAGGGAUAUAUCUGGCUCUAUAGCUGCUAAAUGCUCUACUAUUUGUUAACCAGCUGGUCUCUAAUGUGUCUAUCUGCUGUUUAAUGCUGAGUAGAUAGUGUACACUGGGUUUAUACAGCUUUUUUGCUGAAAACUACUACUUGUUGCUGCUGAAAAAUGACAUGAGAGCGGUGAGAGUGAACCAAAAUAGUAACAUUUAGACCGGACAUCUGAAAAAUAAGCGGAAAAUUGCGUAAAAUAUCAGUCAUAGCCGCUUUAAACAGGAGUGAAGAGUGUAUUUGUGGGGGCUAUUUUAUACAUGUGGAUUAAUACACAUUUACUCUGUUAGUGAGUGUUUAUGGCUGCAGGACGGUGCACAAUAUUGGAUGAAAAAACUUCAGUGGCCAUCUUCUUUGUAAUAGAGUAACAUGUCAGCCUGUGCAACAAUGUGAUAUGAACUAAUAUGUUUUAAUAGUUUUUGGACUACAAUUAUUUGAGCUCUGUGACACUGAGGAAUCAGCAAUAUCAAGCUUGCUAACAAUAACUUUUCCUUUAAUUCCCUGAGAAAUGAGCUCACAGUUUUCCCUUUACCCUGAUUUAACUACAUAGGAUACCAUGUUACUGUACAAUAGUACCAAACCUUAGCUGUACGCUUUUGAUAAAAGCACUUUAAUUUUUUUUUAAAUGUAUUUAAUGUAUUAAUGUCUAAUAGUUUAGUAAUUAAAAGUAGGGGUCAUUUGACUAU